ACUGUACUAGCUCAGAAUAUCUCAACGCACUCCAUGUUAGCCGCUUAUGCGGGUAAGAGGAUGUUCAUGUGACCCUCCUCGAGAGAAACAUGGGCGCUUAGUCCCUGAUCUCCUCCUCCUCCUCCUCCCUGGCCCUCCUCACACCCCCUCCCCCAAUGUCCCCCUCAGUCCAACACCUCUUCUCCUCUCUCUCCCUUUCCAACCCCAACACCCUCAUACUCCUAAGCACCCAGCUCCUCCAGCUCCUCGCAUUCUACAUCCCCGCCCUUCUCUACCUCUUACUCGACCUCACCCGCCCCUCCUGGGCCGAGAGAUGGAAGAUCCAGCCAGGAAAGCAUGUUUCCCCCUCUGAGGUAGUGAGGUGCUUGAGGGUUGUCGCGGUUAACAACUUGCUCGUUGCGCUCCCUCUCGGGCUGGGGAUGCACGUCAUUACCGUAACCUUCGACCUGCCCCCGCCGUUCGAAGUCACCCCGCAUAUCCCCCCCUUCACCAGGUUCGUGAAGGACAUCACCCUCUCCCUCCUUCUCCGCGAACUGCUGUUCUACUACUCCCACCGGCUGCUUCACACCCCAACCCUCUACAAACGCAUCCACAAACAACAUCAUCUCUUCACCGCGCCCAUCUCCCUAAGCGCGCAAUACGCCCACCCGCUGGAACACCUCCUAGCGAACAUCAUCCCGAUCCUGGCGGGCCCUGUACUGCUCAGGACGCACAUUCUCGUUUGGUGGACGUUUUUGGCACUCGAGUUGGUGGAGACGGCGACUGUUCAUUCGGGAUAUGAGUUUUGGGUCGGCGUAGCGAGGUUUCAUGAUUACCACCAUGAGAUGUUUGUGAAGAACUUUGGGGUUAUGGGGUUGUUGGAUUGGGUGCAUGGGACUGAUGGUGGCCGGGGCUAG